AUAUGAUUUUGUAACUGUGUCUGUGAACAAUAGUGUCAUCAUCACGAAUGUUUUCCGUCCAAAUUAAUUAUUUUUCUCUUGAAGAAUGUAAAAAAUAACUGGGUGGAAUUAGUGUUUUAUUAGUGACAAAGUGAAUUUACAAGCCACAUCGUCAUGGCUGGGCAAAAUGGUGGCGGAUUCCAACUCCAGGGAAUAGGCCAGCAAUUAUUCAAUCAAGGACGUGAUGCAUUAUUCCAGUACGGUGCCCAAGCUUUAGGGAACAUCAUCAAUGAAGUGUUCCAAAAGAAGGAGGCGGACCAGAGGCGCGUCCUUCCUAACAUCGAGCAUUACAAAGUUAUCGGAGAGAGUAAGGCAUCUUUUGGGCCUGCCACUUACCAAGACUUCAAGGAAAUUAGAUCACGCUGCUUAAGUGAAGGAAGGCUGUUUGAAGACCCGGAGUUUCCUGCGAUCGACCGCAGCUUGUACUACAAGGAGAGGCUGGACCGCCCCAUUACUUGGUUGAGGCCUAGUGAGAUUUGUGAAGAUCCCCAGUUGUUUGUUGAAGGUUACAGCCGCUUUGAUGUGCAGCAGGGAGAGCUGGGCGACUGCUGGCUGCUGGCCGCCGUCGCCAACCUCACUAUGUACAAGAAAUUGUUCUUCCAAGUGGUUCCCGAUGACCAAAGCUUUGAUGAAGACUAUGCAGGAGUGUUUCACUUCCGAUUUUGGCAAUAUGGCCGCUGGGUGGAUGUUGUCAUUGAUGAUCGCCUACCAACAUACCAUGGCAAACUGGUCUUCCUCAGUUCCUCUGAAAAAAAUGAAUUCUGGAGUGCAUUAUUGGAGAAAGCAUAUGCUAAGCUGCAUGGCUCAUAUGAGGCACUCAAGGGAGGAUCAACAUGUGAAGCUAUGGAAGACUUCACUGGUGGUGUUACUGAAAUGUAUGAUAUUAAGGAACUACCUCAAAAUUUCUACACAAUCUUGAUGAAAGCUUAUGAGCGUAACUCACUUAUGGGAUGCAGCAUUGAGCCUGACCCCAAUGUUCUGGAGGCUGAAACACCUGUUGGUCUCAUUCGUGGUCAUGCAUAUUCUAUAACAAGGGUCAAGUAUGUAGACAUUGAGACCCCAGGUAGAGCUGGGAAGAUCCCCCUGCUGCGGCUAAGAAACCCCUGGGGUAAUGAGGCCGAGUGGAAUGGGCCAUGGAGUGACAAAUCACCAGAAUGGAGGUACAUACCUGAUUCUGAAAAAGAAGAACUUGGUCUCACAUUUGAUGAUGAUGGUGAAUUUUGGAUGUCAUUCAAAGAUUUUGUGAAUCAUUUUGAUAGAGUGGAGAUUUGUAACUUGAACCCUGAUUCUUUGGACCCAGAAGAAUGUCCAGAAGGUUGCACCAAGAAGUGGGAGAUGUCUGUGUAUGAAGGGGAGUGGGUGAGAGGAGUGUCAGCAGGGGGUUGCAGAAACUAUUUGGAUUCUUUCUGGAGAAACCCACAAUACACUCUCACAUUGACAGAUGUUGAUGAAGGUGAUGAUGAGAACAAGUGUACAGUGAUUGUGGCCCUCAUGCAGAAGAAUAGAAGAGCACAGAGACACCAGGGACUGGAGUGCUUGACCAUAGGAUUUGCAAUCUAUAAAGUUCAAGAUGGAGGGCCUGUUAACCAUCUUGACAUGAACUUUUUCAAAUACAACUCCUCUGUUGCCCGUUCUGAUGCAUUUAUAAACUUGAGAGAAGUCAGUGCUAGAUUUAAAUUAGAUCCUGGCCGUUAUGUUGUAGUUCCAUCAACAUUUGAGCCCAAUGAAGAGGGAGAGUUCCUUUUACGAGUGUUCUCCGAAAAAACUAAUAACAUGGCAGCAAAUGAUGAUGCACCAGGAGACUCUAAUGUGAUAGACUCCUUACCUAACCCUGGUGGUAAUUAUGGAGGCCCAGAUGGUCCAUAUGGGGGUGGAGGAGGGAACCUUUAUCCCACCAUUCCAAGUGCACCUGCACCAGACCCAUACCCAGGUGGGCCUGGCCCUUACCCUAGUGGACCAGGUCCAUACCCAAGUGGCCCUGGGCCAUAUCCCGGCCCUGGUCCCUACCCUAGUGGACCAGAUCCAUAUGGCGGAUCAGGACCAUACCCUGGUGGCCCAGGCUACCCUGCCGGCCCAGGACCGCAUGAUGGUGAUAGGAUGAAAGGUGAAGAGCCAACAGGGGCGGGAGAAACUAACAUACAACAGAUCUUGUGCUGUUUGGCGGGAGCUGUUUGCAUCCUGCUGUCAUGCUGCAAAGGAAAUGACGACAAUGAACAAAGGCGCAGUUAAUUUAAAGUAAAAAAAUAAAAUACAUUGUGUCACAAAGUUAUCUCAGUGCAAUUAGAAUACCAAACUACUGAGUGUCAGCUAAAAUGUAAGGAGGUGAUUGUAACCAUAGAUACAUGGCGUGGCCAGGGUAAGGCUAAUAGGCAGAGUAGAGACCGCCGCCGCCCCGCCCAUAAAAACUGCUAAUUAAAUGUUACGUCAGCGUGUCAUUAACUAAAUUAGAAUUCGUAUGUCCUCGAUGUGUAAUCUAUGUAAUUUAAUAAUAAUGUUGAAAAACUGCUAAGUAUCUCGAAAAUUCUCGAAUUGACUUAGUGUAAAAGUAUGUUAUGUACUACAUAUAUUCGAGUGAAUAUCCGACUUUUAAAUACUUUUUCUGGUUGGAAGAACUAAUAAGUACACGAAUAAAUUAAUAUGAAUCUCACAUGGAUUUCUGAGUCAAAUCCUUCAUUCAAUUUUACAUUAAGUCCUAUGCAUUUGUAUGAAGUAUAGAUAAAUAAUGGCCUUAAAUAUAAUUCAUAUACCUACACAUACCUACCUACCUUAAUAUUGAAUAAUUAUGAGUAACUAUAUUCAGUGAUUAAUUAUACAAUUGUAUUAGUUUAAGCUAGACCGGAAAGAAUAAAUAUUUGAUCUGUGAUGAACGCUUCCUGACUUGUACAUGUAGCCUACUGCAAUGAAUAGCUUUGAAGAAUGUUUUGCACAAACAAAGCCAUGACAUCACAACUAAUUACUCGUUAUCUAUCUGUCUGUAGUUGCAUCAGGUUUUAGCGCUAGUUCAAAAAAGGCUUUUGUCCUAAUAACAAUAUAGAAAUAUAGGUCCUGUAAUUUAAUAUCAGUAUAUACCUUACUUUCAUUUCGCUUCCAGCCAAUAUAUAAUGCCUAAAAGUUAGUUUAAGUAAUUUAUACAAAGACGACAAUGUUAUGUAUUUGCACAAUUAUAUUAUACAUAUUUUAAGAUACUGUUGAUGUUCUUAUCUUUGAUAAAAUGAAUAUAAAAUAUAUUUGCUUUUUA